CGAUCCGACGUUGUCCGAUGGUCGGACGACGUCGGAAGAAAAACAAACACCUUUAUCUUAAUGUUAGUGCCUACAAUUGAAACGAAGCUUCCGAAUUCUCGAUUCCCGACGACUCACGACACUAUCCGAUUUGAUGGCCGAUCAAUCAUGUUUGGUUCCAGUCCGACGUUUCUAAUCCGACCCGUAGUUAGUAAAGUACAAAAGUUAAAACUUGCUGUUAAAUAUUAAUCAAAUUUUUAAAAAAUGACGGGAAAAAUUGAUAAGGAGUUGUUAAUACAGCUUGUGAGAGAUGAACCUCGUCUAUGGGACCAGAGGGUGAAAGCUUACCACAAUCGUGACAUAAAAUUUGAGUUGUGGGAAUCAAUUGGAACGCAACUUCAACAAAUUUCAGGUGAACAGGCUCGUAAAGCAUGGGAAAAUCUUAGAGACACGUUUAGAAGGAAACUAAAAACGGAUACUGAAACCAAAAGUGGUCAAGGAAGGUCCGAAAUUGUGAAAUGGCCUUUUUUUAAUACCAUGAUGUUUUUAAAGGACGUGAUGAUGCCCAGGGAGAGCUCAGGAAAUUUGCCUAUCACGUAUGAUGAAAAUGAACUAUCUCCAAGUAAUUUAAGCAACGCCACGCUAGAAGAUGUAGAUGAGGAAAAUACAAAUGAUGCAGAGACAGAUAUUAAUUAUUGUUCUAUCAGGGAACCUGAGGCAUCUGGAUCAGAAUUCACUUCAUUUGCCAAACCUCAAAGCAAACAACAACCAUCAAGUUCUUUAAAAAGAAAUAAUAAAAAUGAUAACAACACAAUUCUUUCAAAAAAACAAAAACAAAAUAGUUAUGAUUCCCAGGUGCUUGAAAUUGAAAGAAGGAAAAUUAACCUGAUGGAAAAACGUUUUUCUCGACCAACAAAUACUCAUCAAGAUGAUCAGGACUACGCAUUCUUCAUGAGCUUACUGCCUUCUGUUAAGCAACUAAAUCAGAUUGAGAAAAUGAGACUCCGAAUGAAAAUCAUGAACGAUGUCACAGAUGCAUUGGAAGCACAUCAGUUCGUGAAGGAAGUAAAUUCGUCAAGAAUCAUACCAUCACCCAUUGAUUCCCCUUUGUCGUCACCAUACAGUACUGAAGGUUCCGAGCAUUCUCAAUCAUCUUCAAUGUCGUUUCAAGUGAAUCAAGCAUAUCAGACUGAAGUACAACCUACACAACAGGAUAUCUAUAAUCUAAUGGAUCUGUGA